UCCGAGUCUCGGCCUUCCGCCACUUGACCCGUUGCACUUUACGCAAAUCAAAAUCAAUGACUCACCUGACCGGCCAGUCGCCCUAAGCCUGGAAUUCAACGAGGUGGACAUCACCGGUAUUGGCAAUGCGAUCGUCGACUCCAUCGAAAUGAAGCCAGGCAGUUACAACUUGAAGGCAAAGCUGCAUGCCGAUUCACCCUUCUCGCUGAUUGGACAAUACAAGGCAGACGGCAAGGUUCUGGUGCUGCCUGUUAAAGGGGAGGGAAACAGCAACAUAACAGCACCUAGACUGGAAACCGAUAUGGAGCUAACUGGACAGCCAACUGAACGAGAUGGACAGGUGUUCUGGGACGUGACGGACUUUAAGGUCGACCUCAAGUUGAACAAGUUGUCGAUGGACCUUACAGGAUUGUUCAACAAUGACAAAGCAUUAGCUGACAACACACUCAAGUUCCUGAAUGAGAAUUCUGAAGAGAUUACAAAGGAGCUGGAACCGGCUAUAGAUGAAGCUCUGGGAGUCUCCUUCAAGCAAAUGGCCAGGAAGGUGUUCGGAAAUGUUCCCUACAACUCAGUCUUUCCACCUUCAUGAAGUGGAGCGAAAUGUAGGUUUUACCUUAGAAAAAAUACUUCAUUAGUCAUUCACAUAGGUGGACGUUAGUUCAGUCCAAUAUCGUACACUGCUGUGCUCUAUCAUACUUCUACUUUACAGAAACAAUAAAAUAUGAACAUUAUUUUCAUAGAAAUAAAUGAUUUUGCUUCAGUUUCUAUAGUUAUUUUGCCCAUGUAUAAACUACAUUGCAAAACUUUUGUUUGAAAAUUUAUUCCAGAAAAUGCUCUGUUAAGUCUUUAGGGCAUUCUAGUCCAUUUACUCUGAUGCCAUUAGACAUU